AUGUCUGCCCAAGCCGGUGGUCAGUUCGAAGAUAUGGCACUUUGGGGGCUAUUGGUCUUCAGUAUCUUGCUGGUCGUGGACGCAACGCUGGUGACAGAUUAUCCCGUGAAUGCACAACUACCUCCUGUGGCCAGAGUCUCGCAGCCGUUCAAUUUCACUUUCUCUCAAGGUACCUUCGGCGGUGUUGAUUCAAACACAGAAUAUUCGCUCUCAAACGCCCCCUCAUGGCUCCAUGUGGAUAGCAAAAGCCGUACACUCUCCGGUACCCCUAAAGAGGAGGAUGAGGGCCACCCAAAGUUUGAUCUUGUGGCAUCAGAUGGGUCGGACUCCGUACGCAUGGAGGUGACCUUGAUUGUUACGAAAGACGACGGCCCUAAACCAGGAAAACCACUGCUACCACAACUUGAAAGCAUUGGAGCCACGUCGGCACCAUCGACCAUCCUCAUACACUCGGGCGACUCUUUCUCGAUAUCUUUCGAUCCAGACACCUUCGUCAAUACGCGACCCUCGACUGUAUAUUAUGGAACGUCGCCGGAGAAUGUUCCUCUGCCGUCAUGGGUUGGGUUUGAUCAGUCUAACCUCCGGUUCUCUGGCGUGGCACCCGAUAUUGGUCCCCAAACGUUUAGCUUCAACCUUGUUGCCUCGGAUGUGGCUGGCUUUGGCGCAGCCACGGCUAGUUUCGACAUGGCAGUCAGUCCACACAUACUGACAUUCAAAGAGAGCGCGCAAACCUUCUUUGUCAGUCGGGGGAAAGAAUUCACCAGUCCUCAUUUUGAAGAGACCCUAACUCUGGAUGGACGCAAAGUGGUACCUGCCGAUCUAACCGAUAUUGACAUUGAUUCGCCAGACUGGAUUAAACUGGACAAAAAGUCCAUGUCACUUAGCGGCACCCCUCCUGUCGAUGGAAGUGAUGAGAACGUUACGAUAUCUGUUACGGACAAAUACCAGGAUGAGGCCAGGCUCCUCGUUAGUCUGCAAUACUCGCAGUUCUUCCGUGGUGUGAAGGACUGCGAGGCAGUCAUCGGUGACUAUUUUACUUUUGUUUUUGACAGUACAGUUCUCAGAAACGACUCGGUGCAACUGGACGUGGACAUUGGACGAGACUUGCCUUGGCUGCACUACAACCCCGACAACAAAACUCUUUACGGACAGGUUCCUUCCGAUCUUAACCCGGCUAAAUCAUCGAUUCAGCUCACAGCCAGCGAGGGGUCUGCGAAGGAUACUCGGGACUUGACUAUUAAAACUGUGGAAGGUGACAAUUCGCAUGAAUCCAGUACCGCCGAUUCAGGUGGCGGUAGUGGUGGUAUUCAUGGAAAAAAGGCUGGGAUUAUUGCCAUCGCUGUGGUCGUCCCCUUUGUGGUCGUCACGAGUCUGUUGAUCCUCUUCUGCUGCUGGCGUCGUAAGCGUAGAGCGGCGACACCUGAAGAUGGGUAUGAUACUCAAGAAAGUUUUCCGCCGAAGGGCCCAAACACAUCGAUUCUGCCACACUGCCAGCCUUUUGAGGACACAACGCAGGGCAGUCCGCCGCGGAUAGCCAGAAGUCCCUCGCCGUCGUCAAAACCGCCAAGGUUGGAACUGGGACCAUUGUGGAAUACAAGCCCUUUCCGUCCCAUCGAACGAAAGAACGAAUCGCCCGUUACCGUUAGAGAAGACAACGGUGCAAAUCCUACCAUCGAAUGGGACUUUUCCCCCAUUAAAAACACUGUAUCACGAGAAGACGCGCCAAAUGAGAAUGCACCCCCGCAGCCGAAGCGCCUGUCUUUCCAGAACAGUCCACCCAGGCGCAUGCGAACCAGCAGCACCCGCCGCCGAGAGCCACUUAGAUCAAUCCAGCCAAGAAGAUCAUUGAAACGACACUCGGCGCAGUCAUCUCGUUCCCGAAGAUAUUCGAAGCGUUCUAGCGGAAUUUCGUCAAUCGCUUCAGGGCUCCCCAUGAGACUUAGUGGUGCUGGGCAUGGAGCAGGUGGUUUCGGACCUCCGGGCCAUGGCGUCGUCCGGGUCUCAUGGCAGAACACUCAUGCUUCUCUUCAGAGUGACGAGAGUGGUGUUGGUAACCUUGCGCCUUUGUUUCCUCGGCCUCCCCCGCGGGCGCGCGAAAGCGUAGAAUACCCAAAACGAAUAAGCUUGCGGACCGUGGACCCCGACAAUUCAAAUACAGCAGAUUCCGACUCAUUGGAGGCGUUUGUACACAGCCGGGCAAAAUAUCGAAACUCAUCCAAUCCGCUGUUCUCCGGUCAGCUCAGUCGCCGAACAUCUUCCGGUUUGCGCGCUCUAGAGAGAGCCCGAAGCACAGCCAGCCGGACCGACACCAUCGACAGCUCCAACUACAACUACGGUGAAGACUACAGGCGAUCCAUCUACGAGCGCCCAUGGUCAACGGCCAUGUCCGCAUCCAUAUACACCGAUGACAAUCGACAAUCAGCUUACCUCGAAUCACUGUCCGAGGAGUCCUUGAACAUUCGGCCCUUAGUACCACCCAUUGGAAAGGGACCAAGUCAGUCUAGCCUAGCACAAAAAUACUCCGAGGCGAUCACGCCGCUUCCUCGAUUUUUCAGUGAAAUCAGCAUGAAGAGUGGGCGACGGGCCGAGCCGGGCCAUACGACACCAACCAAUCCUCCUCUCUUUGAGGAACCACAGGUUCAAGCAACCCAGCCCGAGUUUUCGCGAUCUCAUUCAAAUUUACAGAACCAGCCGCCUGGUAAAUCCACAAAUCCAUUCCGGAAAAGUCCAUCCGUGUCAUCUGUCCCUUUUAACAACAAGGGACGCCGAGCAAGCUUAGUUCGACUAGCGGAAAGCGAUGCAAAUCGCCAGCGAGGACUCUCUCGGGACAUAAACAGCAGUAUGAAAAGCGACAUAGCAUUUGUAUAA